AUGGAGUCCCCCCCAGAUCCAGCGAGCGACCCGGGAAACAGCGCCUCGGAGCCGGCUACCCCGGCCAGGGAAACCCCGGUAAACCUGGAGACGCUCCGAAAAGCGGACCAUCCGGCGCCCGUUCGGAGGCAGACCUGCUCGAGCACCAACAGAGGUAUCUCAGUAACAAAGAAGACACAUACCUCUCAAAUCGAAAUAAUCCCCUGCAAGAUCUGUGGCGACAAAUCAUCGGGCAUCCAUUAUGGCGUGAUAACAUGUGAAGGCUGUAAGGGCUUCUUCAGGAGGAGUCAGCAAAGCAAUGCGGCCUACUCCUGCCCCCGUCAGAAGAACUGCCUGAUCGACCGUACCAGCCGCAACCGCUGCCAGCACUGCCGGCUACAGAAGUGUCUGGCAGUGGGUAUGUCACGAGAUGCGGUGAAGUUUGGUCGCAUGUCUAAAAAGCAGCGAGACAGCCUUUAUGCCGAGGUCCAGAAACAUCGUCUGCAGCAACAGCAGCGUGAUCACCAACAGCAGCCUGGUGAGGCUGAGCCACUCACGCCCACCUACGGCCUCUCAGCCAAUGGCCUCACAGAGCUCCACGACGACCUCAGCGGCUACAUGGACGGCCACACCCCCGAUGGCAGCAAGCCGGACUCGGCCAUCAGUAGCUUCUACCUUGACAUCCAGCCGUCCCCUGACCAGUCAGGCCUGGACAUCAAUGGCAUCAAGCCUGAGCCCAUCUGCGACUUUGCCCCCGGCUCUGGCUUUUUCCCUUACUGCUCCUUCACCAACGGAGAAACCUCCCCCACCGUGUCCAUGGCUGAAUUAGAGCACCUGGCCCAGAACAUCUCCAAGUCCCACAUGGAAACGUGUCAGUACCUUCGGGAGGAGCUGCAGCAGAUGACCUGGCAGGCCUUCCUGCAGGAGGAGAUGGAGAGCUACCAGAACAAGCCCCAGGAAGUCAUGUGGCAGCUGUGUGCUAUCAAAAUAACAGAGGCCAUUCAGUAUGUGGUGGAGUUCGCCAAGCGCAUCGACGGCUUCAUGGAGCUGUGUCAGAACGAUCAGAUAGUGCUGCUGAAAGCAGGGUCUUUGGAAGUUGUGUUUGUCAGAAUGUGCCGUGCCUUUGACUCACAAAACAACACAGUCUAUUUUGAUGGAAAGUAUGCCGGACCAGAUGUGUUCAAGUCAUUAGGCUGUGACGAUUUGAUCAGCUCCGUCUUCGAGUUUGGGAAAAACUUGUGUUCUAUGCACCUGUCUGAGGAUGAGAUCGCCCUGUUCUCUGCCUUUGUGUUGAUGUCUGCUGACCGCUCCUGGCUCCAGGAGAAGGUGAAGGUGGAGAAAUUGCAGCAGAAGAUCCAGCUGGCCCUACAGCACGUCCUUCAGAAGAACCACAGAGAGGAUGGUAUACUCACAAAGUUGAUAUGCAAAGUGUCGACACUGCGAGCGCUGUGCAGUAGGCAUACAGAGAAGCUCACAGCUUUCAAAGCAAUAUACCCAGACAUUGUGCGUGCCCACUUCCCCCCCUUAUACAAGGAGCUGUUCGGAUCGGACUUUGAGCAGUCCCUGGCCGUCGACGGGUAGCAGCGCUGCCCGGGUACCAGUGUGACCGCCGUCAAGGGGGGAUGUGGAGGAGGAAACUGAGACACUUUAACGGUGCCCCUGCACAAACCAGAAACGGGACGGAUGGCGCGCUGUCUUGAC